GCUGCCCUUACGGCUUCUACCCAGGGCCACGGGAGACUUCAAGAGAAAACAUCUGCCAUGAAGAGUUAUUACUUUCUUUUUGCUUUGGCCACCCUCCUUUGCCAGAUGGGUUCAGUACACCUUGAUCCUGAAAACGGAGAACCACCAACAGACGAACCGAAAAAGCCAGAUCCGGCCCCAAGUGAACCAGACCCUGAGCCAAAGGAAGAGCCACCUACUGUGCCAGAACCAGAGAAGCCAGAGCCACCUCCAACAUGUGCUUCUAUCGGAGGCCAUUGUGAAGACGACUGCGACCCCGUACAUGUUCUGAAAGGUACCUGUGAGAAGGACAACAUAUGCUGCGCAAAGGAUUAAUAUGGAGGAGUGCCGGACGCCCGAAAUGUACAUGCUUGGCUCUUAGCUUUGCUUCCCACCUACCCCCCCUGAUUUAAGCUGAAUGAAUAGAGACGGCUUCUUGUCUAGAAGGCCGUGAUAAAUCAGUAUGACUGAAUGACUGAGUGUAAUGUAGACUGAUGAUCUUUUGAAGUCCUACAUUUCUUUUUUUUUAAAGGAUUUAUUUAAUGUUGCCCUUUUUUCAAAUUGAUUACAUC